UGAUUCACGUCGCUUCCGGUCGAGACAAGCCCAUGUGGACGGCAGCAGUGGUAGCCCCGAUCAGUCCGUGUGCCGAGAGUGCUGUCGUUGGGUCGUCGUGUUUCACUGCUUUCCCCGCCGAGUUCCUACUCAACGUGGUAUAAGCGAGGACGUCACCAUGGCGGAUCUGGACGAUUUCUUCGCGAAGAAGGACCGGAAGAAGGCCAAAGGCAAGAAGUUCACGACCACCGACGAGGUCGCGAAGAAGCUCGAGGAGACGGGAAAGCGGCUGGAGAAGCCCAAGCUCAAGGAGAAACCGGCGAAUCCCGAGGGCGAGGAGUCCCAGCAGACGGAGGAUGAGGACGAGUGGAAGGAGUUCGAGGAGGAGAAGAAGGACUAUAGCGGUCUGAAGAUCGGCCACUUAACAGUAAACGACAGCAUCGAUGCGGAAUCGGACGAUGAGCGGGGCACCGGUGAGAACAACUCCGACGGUGAAUCCGGCGAGAGAGGCACCAAGCACACAGGACCAUGGAAGAAGCCAGAUUUACCGCCGGAAGUACCAGAGGUGGCCACACCACCGGCGCCUCCCCCAGCCGCCGCCACUGCCGCCGCCACCGCCGCCACCACCACCACCACUACCACCACUGGGAGCAGCUACAUAGCACCACACUUGCGGAACAUAAUAGCGUUCAUAAACAGUAACCCUAACUACAACAUAUCUGGGCCGCGAGGAAGGAACACCGCGCCGGACAUUCACAGCGAGGAGUACUUCCCCACUCUGAAUGCCAAGCCCCAGCCACAGAACAACGGCAGCGGCCCAUGGGGCAGCAGACGGAAGCGCGAUGAAGGAGCAUUCGAGGAGGUUCGCAAUCGGGGCGGCAGCAGAUCGUACAACGUGCAAGACUCGCAGGCCCAAGCGCCGAAGCUCUCGUUGGGCAACAAGUACAGCGCCUUGUCGCAAGAUCAGAGCUGAAAACACCUAUCACGAUCGAAUCAAACGACAAACAAUCAAUAUCACAUCGUCGCCCCUCUCUGUUUCGUGGCCCAGCCGCGCCGGGAAAAUAUAUUUUCUAGAAUAGAGUCCAACGUGUAUCAUAGUAUGUACGUGUACGCCCCGGUUUUGUAAGAUUCACGGGGAGAACGCUAUUCUUGCAGACGAAAGAACGACGGGAAUAAAAUUAAUCGCGGUUGUGCCCGAUCGAGAUCACCGUAUCUUUGCACGCGCAACAGAGGACUUUGUAAAUUAAACUCGAGGGGGGAAAAAAGAAGAAACAAACUGAGAAUAUCGCGCGCAAGCUUAUUUUCAUACCGUGUAGACGACGCGUAGUCGAUGGUAAAAGUCUCAACUUUUGUAUUUCAUUUUUUAAAUCAGCAAAUAGUGUGUAGUGUGAACGCGUUGCUUCCAGAAGCGCCACGGCAGCGGGACUCACGGCGCUCGAAACACUCGGACGAUCAUCACACACAUUCGGGCGACGUUCGCGAGCAAUGCGCGAUUGUUACGCGUAUAUGUAGUUCAAAAUGGUAUAUACAUGUAUAUAUAUCGUUCGUUUGAAAAAAGAAAAAGAAGAAAAAAAUAUCAAGUAUUCCGCACUUUCUUUCGUACGGUGCUAUAUUCUAAUUUUAGCGUGCAUACUUACUGCCACAAUUAAUUGCCUUCUCGUUGAGUGUUAUCGGUGUAGAUAAGGAAGAUAGACGCGUCCGAACAAUGACUUAACUUCGAGAUCGGCACGACAACGUCGCGAUUCACCGAAAUUCACGAUUCACGUGGUAAUUGAUCUCGGUGGCUCCACGAUUACCCGCGGGACGAAAUGUGUCUCGGAAGCACUCGUGAGAGACGCUACUUACACUCUCUUUUCCUCUUUUGCUCUCCUCUCACCGGGGAGUGUCGCUACGCUCAAAAACGGCUACAUGCGUCAACGAACGGAACUUAUAGGUGCAUUAACACAUACACACGUAUAGCGUCUUAUUUCUACCGCGUUACUCUUACCAGCGUGACAGAUUCUCGAGAAGGUCUGUCAUUCGGAAGUUCUUUGGAUUUUUUCGAUUUGAUAUUCCUUAGCGAAAAUACAGAAUUUUCGAAUGAUUGAGAAAUAAGGGUUUCUCCCAAACUAAAUCUCGGGAGUGCUGCUACUAUGUUUUUGGCUUAAUUUUAAGUGAUUUGCUUCGGUGAAAAAAUUUCUUAAUUUGAUAUCACAAUUUCGCUUAGAAAGAAUCAUUUCUAAGUGGUCCAAAGAAUUGUAUCAAUGCGGUAGGAAAUUCCAUAUAUAUAUGUGUGUGUGUCUGCAUACAAAGGCUCUCGAAGUGUACAAUCGAGAUAAAAUACGAGGUCAAAUAAAAAAUAAUUAAAAGGCAAGUAAGAAUCGAUCGCUGAUGUUAGAAUGUUACAAUGUUUAGGGAAAAAAAGAAACAAUGUUUAAUAUAUAACGAGGUCCCAACUGUUUGAACCUUCUUCAAUGCUGAAUAAUAAAAUUUCAAAAUUCAAAAUAUAUACUAUUAUAACUCUCACAAAUUAUGAUAGCGUUAUAGCAGCAUAUAAUUUUAAUUGUAAAAUUCUUACUUAACGUUGAAGAUGGUGCAAAUAGUCGGGAUCGAAACGUCCGUUAUAUAUUAAAUGUGAUUAAAUAUAAAUAUUAUCUCCUCGUUAAAUAUUAUAUCGCUCUGACAUCAGCGACAGGUUCUCAUUUGCUUUUUAACUUUUUCCUGCAUUUUGAUUGCAUAUAUAUGUACGCGCGCAUGUGUGUACAUACGUAUAAUUAUUAAUCGAAUUACGGGGGGCUGGGCUUUGGAACGGUGCAGAAGUAAAAAUUAGACAAGUUGACAAUGUAACAGGAACGAGCACGAACGAGAGACUAAUUGUUAGUCACACGGGCACGAGGCACGCCUUAGGACGAUAUAGCUAAAUGCGAAACGCGAUAAGCGAGAGCGUCGCGCGGUGGUGUUGUACACAAGUAGGAGGGAGAAAGACAUAUGCGCAUACACUCGUGUUAAAAUAUAUGUAUAUAUAUAUAUAUUAUAAAAAAAAUAUAUAUAUAUAUAUACAUAUAUAUUAUAAAAAAAAAAGAAACCAAGAUCUUACGUAAAGCCUCUGUUAACGAUCGAUAUGAUUCUUUUUUCGUUGUUGAUACGAGAAUUUCUUUUCGUCGGAAGGCAGCACGGCAGAUAAAUAUCCAAGUCCGUCUUCGAGACGGCCUUCUCCCGUUGUCGGCAGACUCUUCCCCGACGAGGACAAGGAGACAGUUUUUUUUUCCCCCCCUGAACACGAAGAGGCGGGGAGAGGGAUGCCGUACAGAAAACGGAUAGAGAAUAAGCGUACUUGUAUAGCGAGUGAUAAAAUGUGAUUAUUUAUAAAUAAAUUUCCUAGGAUAAUUCUC